UCUGUGCGACGCCGUCAGGGAACCAGUGUGGCCAUUUUUAAUCCUGCGAAAACGAGAGUGCAGGAUCAAGAGUAGAGACGGCAGCCGUCUUGCAGAACAAGCAAUCGCCGCACCAUUCGGCAGCGCCUCACGUCCGGCCGAGCUGCUGCGUGCCGAAUCCACCCUCGCCGAAUUUCCGCAUCGGCGACGCAGGCGCCGAACCGCAGCAGCCACUCGGCGGCCCCUGCUCUGCACUCGCCAAACUCCAGCCGCCGCGCCGAGCGCCCCGGAGCACCCUCGGGCCUGGUAGACUCGCUCAGGUCAACGUCCGGCGACGUCCUCUACGCCUUUGAACGACGGCCGAACACGGCGACCGUCGGCACGAAGACUGCCGAGGCCCAAUGCAGGCCUGAGCGCACGCCAGAUCAAAGUACCACACCCACUCGAAAUCCUGCAGGUUGCUGCCGUCUGUCACCGUGAUUGUUUUGGUUGCCACAGGAAGGAGCAGGUUGAAGAUGACCGAGUACAAGUUGGUCGUCGUCGGAGCUGGAGGCGUUGGCAAAAGUGCCUUGACCAUUCAGUUGAUCCAAAAUCACUUUGUUGACGAAUACGACCCUACUAUCGAGGACUCGUACAGAAAGCAAGUGGUGAUCGAUGGCGAGACGUGUCUGUUGGACAUCCUGGACACGGCCGGCCAAGAAGAAUACAGUGCCAUGAGAGACCAGUACAUGCGGACGGGUGAGGGCUUCCUGCUAGUUUUUGCUGUCAACAACGCAAAAUCGUUCGAGGACAUCAGCAUGUACCGGGAGCAGAUCAAGAGAGUCAAGGACGCCGAGGAAGUACCCAUGGUUUUGGUCGGAAACAAAUGUGAUUUGCCCAUGAGGGCGGUGGACAUGGUGCAGGCAAGGGAGGUCGCCAAGCAGUACGGGAUUCCCUUUGUCGAAACGUCAGCCAAGACCCGCAUGGGCGUAGAUGAAGCAUUUUACACAUUAGUCCGAGAGAUUCGCAAAGAUAAGGAGCGUCGCGGCAAGGACAAGAGAAAAAGAACGAGAGGAGGAAGCAAGAAGAAAAAGUGUUGCAUUUUAUAAUGCAGUGGCUCUUGCGCUUGCAGGCUCCAAUAAUUACAAUUAAUUAAGCAUAUUUAAUUACAAAAAGACUUCAAUUCAAACUUUGUAGCAGUGCGUUCACUGGUUUAGCACUCGACAACUACUUUUUGAAAGUGAAAAUAUUUCCAAGAAAGAAGGAAAGAAAGCAAUUAUUGAGAAAAAAAAUCAACCGUUUAAAUUAAGCAAUGUCUUGAUUGUCGUGUUUUGUCUCACAAAUUUUGGCGUCGGCGCACGACACGGGCGAGCCUUUGAAUUUCGAACCAUCUAACUGUAUUGAGAUAGCAGCUGCUAACAAAACUGCGAAUUUACAAAAAAAAAGAGAUAACACCGGUUUCACUUUCGGCCGGCGCGUUAAUCGGUGUUGGUGCUGGGGGUGAUGUGGCUAGUGAAGAUGCAAUUGGAGUGUGUAAUUGAUUGUAUAAUUUGACAUUUACAGUGGACCAAUUUGAAUAACUUGUAUUUUAAAGUCUCCGUGAGCAGUCGUGGCCUGCGGACAGACCUCUUUGCCCAAAUUUUAGCCAGCGCCACUUAGGGCGCAGACACACCGAUUUGCCCCAUCUGUCCCGGGUCGAUGGUUUUUGCUCUGCGACUGCACGGAGAGUUUAAAAAACGCAUUGUACUAUAUUAUAUUAAUCUAGCAAGCAGAACUCUUGUGUGACUUUUGACCUGUAUUUCUGGCUUUCUCCGAUCCGGAGCGUCGCAAGCUUUUGGUUUCAACCGAAUUCUCUCACAGUCAAAAUUGCUCGAUAUGGAUGUUUGUUCAAGUGUUCGAUUUGGUUAAGAGCUAUAAUAUCAAAUAACUCUCAACGAACAGCCUAGGCCGACUCGGCAAGGCUAACAGCUGGAUUGGGAACAGUUAAAUUAAAAGCGGCUGCUGAAUAGCAAAGUUUGUGGUCCAAUUGCCUAGCGAUUGAUUCUAGUGUGAAUGUGGCUUGAUUG